UUUUUCAAAUUUUGAAGCCAGUUUCUUUGGUCUCCUCCUGCAGUCUCCAUACAUGUGGUUUGUCUCCGUUGUCUCGACAUAGACUCUGAAUCUUGCUGUUUGGAACUUCCCGGUUCGUUGAUCUCGUGUAAUCGUCAGUGCAGUGUAAUCUGGACCAAUCGGAAGUGCUGUCGAUACCCAAUAAUCUAUACGGUUUUUCUGUCUGCAAUGAUUCGCAAUCAAUCUUCCGGAGGUGGUGGCGGAAUGGGUCCGAAACCGGGACAGCAGCAGCAAGCUGGCAAUGUUCAACCGGGCCGUGUCAUGAUUAUCCUCCGGGAUCCCAAAUUCCCGGAUGACAUGAUCUUAGAGAUAGCCCGGCAGUUUGGGGCCGUGAAAGGCAUGCACCGGCCGGACAACAAUCACCAGAUGGUGUUCAUCCAAUUCGAGGAACCGGAAUGCGCUGGUCAUGCCAUUGCACAGAUGCGAAAUUAUCCGGUGUUCUUUACCGCUGAUUUUGCAUUACGCCACGAUCGUGAAAAAGACACCAAAAACAACCCGGGUGGUCAAAAGAAUGCGGAUGGAUUAGUAGGUCAACCUCUGUUCAUGUUAAAUCAACAUGAUCAGUUUCGAUUUCAUAAUCGACCACAAGCCCCACCAUGGGCACCAUUUUUCAGAAUGGGACCCCCCUUCAACAUCCCUCAAACCGUGCCCAAUUUUCAGCAACCAACGCCGAACUUUCAGAUCCGGAAUCAUCCAUUUCAGCCGAAGCCAACACUAGAAUCGUGCUUCUCGUUGCCUCCGGAAUCCACGAAUCAACACCGGCAAAACAAAGGUGGACAAAACAAUCGUCCGUUCAAUGGUCCAAACAACAACGGGAAUUAUGCUUCCAAUUCAUCAGAGAAUGAGUCUCCACAAAAAAUGUCUCUGGAAUCGCAAAUGCCGGCAUUCCCACUUGGUUGCUGGAACUGCACCAAAAUGCCCAAUUUUGAGUGCCAAUGUGGCGCUUACUACUGCGAUGCCAUCUGCCAGCGGACGGACUGGCCCAGGCACAAAGCUAUUUGUAUGCCCCGCUUGGUUCCCAUUUCUUAUUCCAACAAACGUAUGUUGGCUGAAGCGAAUGCAUUCAAAGAGUUCCAAACAGCCAGUCUCCAUUCGUAUUCGAACGACGCUACUAGCAAUUACGGUAACGACCAAGGGUAUCAGAAUCACCAGGAUCAAAACCGCAACAAAAACAAGCAACAGCACCAAAAUAACAAACAGAACAAACAACAGAAUCAAAACUAUAAGAAUCAAUCCAACAGGUCUAGCGAAGAACCGGCGCAAAACAAUAGCCAUUUCAAUAAGAAAAACAAUGAAAACAAAAAUAAAAAUGACAACAAAAGGUCCAAUAAAAAUGAUCAAAAAGAAUCGCCAAAAGGGCAACCCCAAUCGGUGGUUUCUCCGAAGGAAGAUAACAAGGUCAGCAUGCUGAGUAACAAACUAGAACGGCUGAAGGUUGCCAGAUCUACCGUCGGGGCCAAUAAACCGGCUGUAAGCAAGGUCCUAAAAUCCGGACGCUUUCCACCGGAAGGUGCACGGGUGAAAAUCACUGCUACCUUACCGUCGGGUGUCGUGUACAUCUACCACAUCAACGGACAGGGCGGAAAAUCCGAAUACUACGAGCUGAACACCAAGCUUCACAUUGCGGCUCAAGAUGCCGACCCGCUUCAACAGCAACCCAAAAUCGACGAUAUCAUUUUUGCCCCAUUCGAGUGUGCUUUGUUCCGGUCAAAGGUUCUUGCCACUGGAAGUGAGGAGAAAAUCACCAUCCAGUAUCUGGAGUUUGGCAAUUCGGGCGACGUCUCCUGGAAAGAAUGUCGCAGUAUUGUCGAUGAAUCUCUCAAAUUUGCCCCCCUUCUAACCUUCCCGGUAGCCCUGGAGGGUGUCGGGAUUGGGCAGUUGACCAAGCCGAUGAAGGAAAUGCUCAUCUCGCUGGAGCACACGGACGAUCUGGAGCUGAUGAGAGUCGAUACUUCACCGGACAGUGAUGUCCGGGAAGUGGUGUUGCGGCGCCCCAAGCAAUCCGAGACUUUGAACAUGCAGCUGAUGGAGAUGCGCGACAAGGAAGUUCAACAGCGGGCAGAAAAGGAACGCCAACAAAAGGAGAAGGAAAAAGCGGAUAAGGAAAAGGAGCAGGCAGAGAAGGAACGCGAAAAGCGCUCGGCUAUAGCCGAUCCUAGCACCUACAAGCCGGUGUUCUUCGAUGAGGCGAUCCGAACCAAGCAGCUCGAGUUUGAUAAGGUCCAGCGCCUGUUUAUAGUCGACGCGAGCGAAGUGUUCGAAUCGAACAUCAUUUCGGUGAUUACGGGAGACGAUCUGGACCAGUACGGCCAGGUUGUGGACCAGCUGACCGGCAUCGGCCCUAAGGAUCCAAAUCCGUACAUGCCAACCCAGGAGGGCGAAGUCGUUAUCGUGAGAUAUGAAGGAGCCGAUUGGUCCCGGGCACUGUUCGACAUCAAGGAGGGCAAUUUCUUGCUGCUGGAUAUCGGUAGCUUUGCAUCGAUUCCGAAGGAAAACAUUCGGCGUUUCCCGCCCGGGCUGAGCCGGGUUGUGUACAACAACGAAGUCGAAGUGAAAAAUCUGGACGCGCUGAAGGGAAUGAUGACCGAUGGCAAGCCUGAAUCGGUCCACGGUAGAAUGAUCGAAGCGAUGGUGAACAGCCCUGAUGAAGGCAUCGCAACGAUUAGUAUCAUCGUUAAGUAAUUCUGCAUUCUCUUUGAGUGUUGUCCCAGCUUAUUUGGUGAGCUUGUUUAUUUUUAUUGUCUACACAUCUUACAAUUAAGUCUCGUUGUGGCUUGUUGUAAGUUAUAUAGUUUAUUCUGAAAGUACCGUCGGCUUACCAAAAGUUUCCCUCUGGUUUAAAUUUGACUUACUUUAUUUUAAAAUUAUAUUUGUCCGAUAUAGUUUAGAUUUAAGAAUUGAAAAAAUAAUGCAACACAAAAAUACUUGAGGAAAGCAAGAUUAUGAUUAGUAAUCUUAAUCAACUGAUUAGAUCAGCGAUGAUUAAGUUUUGAAAGAGCGAAACAUAUUUGAAUAAAAAUGCGGUAUUUGACACGCAGUCUAAAUUGUUUUGGACGAGCUGAUGAUUAAUGUUCAGCUUCCGUGUCUGCACCAAUGGCCACGCAAUUCAGCGGUGAUGAAUGGUCUCUGUGCCAUAAAAAAACAAUUUUUUGUGCGAUUCUGAAAAGAAAAUCACUGACACGUGGUAAAACUAACGUACUUUGAGAGACAAAUGUAAAAGCAGGAAAUUUGUCAUUGCAACGUCACAAAAAACGUGAAUUUGUAAAAAAAUCGGUGUAUCAAAGGCCGCGCACUUCAUUCAGGUUCGAACAAUUACGGUAUCCAAACAGUUUGAAAAGUGGCGGCACAUUGGAAAUACACGAGGAAAUUGUCCAACCAACACUAAAUAGAGACGAAUUGUAAUCGAACCUCAAAUUUCCAACACGUCGUAGCAAUUUGCAAUCAGAUAAUCAGUUUUUCUGAUUUUUUUCUUCUAAAAAUGGCGUUUUCAGUCCAUUACCCAAUAUAUGGUGUAAAAUAUUGAUGAAGAAGUCUGUUUGUUAAACUACUGUAACCUUUGUUACCUUCUCGAAGAACUUCUCUUCGUUGAACGGCUGAUACCGAGGGAUGAAUCAUCCUAUUGGAUGAAAAUCCCAAGAAGAUAAAAAGAACGACUGAUAUAUACUAUAAGAUUUUCCGUGCGCGGGGAUAGAAACCUUCUUAAUCAAGUGUAUAAAAUUGUCAUUUUUUUCCGCGACUGAACGACACUUUUCUUUUCAAAUGUUUCAUAACUUUUGUUUGUUCCUGACCUCGAAAAGAAAAAUAAAUUUAUUUCAGUAGUGAAAGGUAUCCGAAAAUAUGAAACAUGAACAUUUUCGUUGUUGAUUUUCGGAGAAAAUAAUAAUUAAAGUUGAAAGUGCGUGGCCAUUGUGUCUCGCACGGUAUAUUAAUUUCGCAUCGAACUGAACAAAAACUUCCUUCCUGUACGCAAAUUUACUUUCAAGUUGAAACGUAAGCCAACCAAAAACCAAUACUAAUUCCUAACGUAAGCUAUUCAAAAAAUUCCGUUAGAAAACCACAUGGUGGUCAAGUAUAUACUUAUACUUAUAUCUGUUUAGAGUUUAAAAUUUAAAUCUUUAAAAGCCCAGAUUCACAUUACAAUUACUACGAUAGACGCGGUUGUAUACUGUUUACCGGAAUUCCAUUUACCGGAAGUACCAUUUACCGGAAUACCAUUUACCGGAAUGUACUAUUUACCGGAAUUCCAUUUACCGGACUAUACCAUUUACCGGAAAACCAUUUACCGGACUAUACCAUUUACCGGAAAACCAUUUACCAGAACUACCAUUUACCGGAAUUUCUUUGAUACCUAACAAUUUGGGUUGUACCCCGUUUCCCUAAAAUUUUCGCCAGAAUUUACCAUUCUUCAAUAGAAAAUUUCGCCUGAAAGACCAUUUUCCAGAGUAUUGAAUAUUUUUAUACAAUCGAAUCCGAAAAUAAGAACUUUUUCCAAAAAAAGGGGUUUGAAAUAUUAUUUUUUGGGGCAAAGCCGCAACCAACGAGGAUGAAGGGACUGAGGCGGCACAAAGCCGCCGAGGCUCCCAAAUCCGAGGUGGCCGCCGACCCGCCGUCGGAAGCGGCGGCCCUAUUACAUUGGUCUAGGUCUGUCGGGGCUUCAUAGGUCUGCCUGAAAGCUAGGGGUGAUCCCUUAGCCCCGUCCGCCACGCGACAGCGUGAAGGACAAUAUGUCUUUCAAGUUCGAACGCGCAGCGUGAGGAGUCGGAUACUAAAUCACUGGUUAUCAUGAUAUCAAUUAAUGUACCCAAAUCUUGACCAAAAAUCAUUCUGGGCUUCAGUUCACGGGUAAACGGGAUACAAUAAUAGAUUUGUCAUUAAAAACUCUUAUUCCGGUAAAUGGCAUUCCGGUAAAUGGUUCAUUCCGGUAAAUAGCAUUCCGGUAAACGGUUCAUUCCGGUAAAUGAAUUUCCGGUAAAAAGCAUUCCGGUAAAUGGUUUUCCGGUAAAUGGAAUUCCGGUAAACAGUAUACAACCGAUAGACGCUACUCGAUUCUAGUUUCAUUUGUACUUGGCAAAUGAAAGACUUAUCACUGAUUUCUAUUCUAUUCCUCUAAUUUCUUCGUUCGAAAAAGUGUGUUCAAUUAGUUAAAGAUACCAACAGUAAAUUAAAAAAAAAGAAAUCAACGUUUUCGGCCCACAUGAAUGUUUUCGGACCUUGAUAUUCCUAACGUUUCUAGGUUUCAAUGUUAUUUCUGCAGUUGCUCGAUCUAACUGUAAAUAUUGACACUAAGCUCUAGCUCUGACCCUCGGAUAUCAAUGGCUAUUUGGAGCUAAAAAAGGGGAAAAUAUAUUUAUCAUCAGGUACAUCAACAAGUACACUUGGGUUCUUUUUUUAUUAGUCGUUAACCCAGGUGGUAAAUCCUUUUUACGGAUUGCAUUCCAAGGCGCGGCGAGCCACCGCGUCCCUCCCCCCAGUUUGCUACUCUGGGUCCAUGGGUGCAAUUGGACGACUCAUGAUACUAUGUACCCCUAAAAAUCCACCUGGGGCCUCUGGCCAUAAUUCCCAUGCGGACCUGCAACGAAGGCUAUACCCGACAUGGGAGACCAUACUCGCGCAAUGCUUUCCACGGCAAAUACUCGUUUUUAUACGUGCUACACCAGCAAUCAUCAUCCACUCUUUGUCACGAUUCACGACUCACGGAUUGGCAGUCCGUUCGCCGCUACUCGUGACUCGAGGCCCUCUUACAUUCCUCCUCUUGACACGAAUUGAGGCGUCAAUACCCACCUCUCCUCGUGUCUCGAGAGCCCUCGUUCAAAACGUCUCUUGACCCAAUUCGAGACGAGAACAACUCGCCUCUCCUCGGGUCUGGAGAUAACCACUCAUCCUACUAUUUCUCCGAGAUUUCUCAUCAAGACUCAACCUGAGGCCCAUCCGCUGGGCGCCACAUGUUACGGCACAAGGCCCCUCUGUCUGUCGUGAGUCAAUCGUAUCCGCGAGUCGGGGCCAGGAACCUCCCCAAAAGGCAGAUCGAUCGAAACCCGCUCAAACAUUUGGUCGUCCCGCAUAUCGGGGUCGCGACUACCCGAUACACGUUCCGACCCUCCCUCUUGCAACUGAGCACUGGUACCAAGGUGCCCAGUCACACCACGUUUUGUCACCCUCGGCACGCAGCCCGUCGGUAGCUGACUGUACCAAGUGUGACGUGUAGUUCUCUUGGCCGUACAUCUACAGGUGACAAGUCUGUAGACACGUUUGCACUCUGCACCACGGGGAAGUGGAACUACGUCGCAGAGCUAGGGUUCUAACGCUAAGACCCGGUACACCUCUAACCGGAACAACAACGCCGGUCACAUCAUCUAUCAAAGGAAAGGUACCUACAAUAUUUUAGUUGAAUAUUGCGCAGUAAGGAAUUUCUAUUACUUAGCCUCUUAACGAUUCAUAAACCCGUAUGUGCAUUGAUAGUUUUUCCAGUGCUCCAUGGGAAGUAAGUGUCGUCCACUAAUUCGGAAAGGAUAUCUUGGAAUGGGCGUUUCCUGAAUGGGUAAAUCAAGAGGGUGUCGAUCGUACUUUGACUCGUUACAGACUCGGAUGAAUGUUUGGAUAGUUUGGGUAUUUUUCGGAAGAUAGAACCACGCGAUGAGCUCUCAAAUGAGUUUCUCGGAUGAUUCUUUGUUGUUCCUCUGGGUCUGAGACAUCUUUCAAGAUUUUUUGUGUAAAGCGAAUUUUACAAACAGAAAAACUGUUUGUAAACCUCUUGAAGCUUACCCAAAAUCUCCUUGGAGGUGUGCAAACCGUUGAAUUUUGUAGGAUCAAAAAAUUCCUUAAGUAAUAUUGCCAAAGUUUGGUCAGUUAAGCUAAUUCUCUUAAUGACAGUCCGUCGUAUUCCUGGAAAAGGAUGUGUGAUUGAUUAUUGGGUAUGGUUUAUCGUUCACUUUUCGAUGAUUAUUUGGUUUCUAAAUGCGUUAAGAGGAGCUUCUGUUGAUAAAAUGUAAUUGGGAUCAUCGUCCUCUGCGGAAUGUUGCGUUGGCGUGAGCGAAUGGAUUUGUAUGCGACUUAAGGCGUCUGCUACCACAUUGCUUUUUCCAGGUUUAUACACGAUUUCAUAGUCGUGCUCUUCUUAAUACGAUUUCCAAUUCUUUAAUUUUACAUUAGUGUUUCUAGGAGACAGUGAACAUGUCAAUGGUUGAUGGUCCGUGACAACCAUAAAUGUAAUUCCUAAACACUUUAAGAGCCCAGUAAAUGGCAAGCAAUUCUUUCUCCGUUGUCGAAUAGUUCUCUACAGUUCUGUUCAAAGUUCUUGGAGUAAAAUGAAUUGGUUUGUCUUUACCCAUUUCACCUUGACUCAACACGGUACCAAUAGCGAAUUUUGAUGCAACCGUAGUUAUUAAAAAGGGCUUUUUGAAGUCUGGAUAAAUUAAAACGUGACUUCCAGUAAGUGUCGUUCUAAUGGGUUCGAAACAAUCCCUUUCUUGUUGAUUUAUCGUAUUUUUUUUCUUAGAACUAUUUGAAUUCCUCUCACCUCUUAAAAGGUUUGUUAAAGGUUUUGCUACCUUAGCAAAAUUUUUCACGAAUCUCCUGUAACAUCCUACUAUGCCUAAGAAUCCCCUUAGUUGUUUGAGAUCUUUAGGUUCUGCAAAGAUUUUAAUGACUUCCAUUUUUUUCUCGUUCGGUUUGAUUCCAUUGUCGGCAAUAACAUAUCCUAAAAAUUCAAUGGAACUAUGCAAAAAUUCGGAUUUGUCACAUAUGACUUUGAGUUUGACAUUUUUAAGAAUUAGUAAGACGACUUUCAAGUUUUUGUUGCGUUCUUCUGAAAUUUUUCCCAAACACAUUUACGUCGUCAAUAUAGACAUAACAACGUUUUCCAAUUUCCUCUCGAAGGACAUCAUUCAUUGCUUUCUGAAAGAUCGCAGGAGCAUUUUUCAGGCCAAAUGGUAUACGAAGGAACUCGUAUUUGCCAUAGUUGAUCGGAAAGGCAGUUUUUUCGAUGUCUUAGGUUCAUCUUAAUUUGAUGAACACCAGAAGCUAAGUCCAGUGUUGUAAAAUAUUUAUUCCCUCCAAGUUGGUCAAGAAUGUUGAACAUUAUCCGGCAUCGGAUAUUUAUCAGGUAGCGUUUUUUGGUUUAAUUUUCUAUAGUCAAUGGCAAGACUAAAUUUUCAUGAACUUUCAUGGAGUCACUUGCGCUUCGGCGUUGAGCUACUGGCCAGCGGGCUGUGCUAAGCUUUGCGGUCUAACAUUUUAACAAAACCUGGAGGGUGGAACUCCAAGCCCCCAUAUAAAAGUGACCAAUGCUAUUUGGCUAUAUAUAGCUUUACUAUCGAGUAGUAGUUCUCGAUGCUUUCCGUUUUGUCCAUGCUCAAUGAUUUAGGCUAAUUGUCGGAGGUCAUAAGGUGCUGCUUAUCAGCGUGAUAAAGUUUUAAAACCUCUUUAAUAUUUUCCCAUUGUGUGGAAGUGGUGAUGAGCGUAUUAUUGGCCUCACCUUUUAUUUUCUACGGAUGGUUUUUAUUAACAGAUGAUACUGAAAUGUAUCCCUCAAAUCGUCAAAUAGUUCAAACAUCAAUGAGCUUCAAUCUCUUGGAUUUCCAUUAAAAUCAGGUAAAUCCCUAACAACUUGAGGGAUUUUAUCUCGAUCUUCGAAAUUGCUAUUAGUAUGCAAUUCGCGAUUAUAGGUUUUCAAUUAUGUUUUAAAGAUUUUUAGUUUGUUUUUACUUUGAGUUGGUAAGUCACUUUGUGAUAUUUUAGCAGGUCAUUUACGGUUGGUCCGGGCUUGCUGCUGUGUUGUUAAUAUGCGAUUCGCAUUUAGAGAUUUUUUAUUUUUACUUAAAAUUAUUUCUUUCGUUUUUAGAGCUCAGAGCUUAGAUAAACCGUACAUUUCAGUAGUUGCUACUCCGUGAUUGACGAGAACCAUCAAAAUUGUACAUAGAUCCAAAUAAAUGGGUCUUGGGAUUAGCUUACCAUUCUCUGUGUACACGUUUCGAUGGUUCCUAAUCAUAUAUGAUCAAUAACGGCGCCAGCCACGUCCUUACGGUUCAUCGGGGACAGGGAAGGAUUGUUAGUUCGACUUCCGCUGCUACUAGAGACCGAAUACACCUCUAAAUCUUCACGGUCGUCUCAGGAAGGGUGGUUUGUUAGUGGGGAAGGUAAAUAAGAUCUGGAUUCCCUUUGGGAAGGGAUGUGGUCAAAGCAAUGUUAAAUAUUUAAUGAUCGUCGGGUCGCACACAAUCGAGUACAUUACGUUUUUAUUUAGAGCGAAUACGUCCUAACGUGGCAUUUUUAUACACUUACAAUGCUCUUGGCACAUGUGCAACUCACCGAAAUUGUCGCGCGCUUAAAACGAGAAGAGCAAAACGUCCUAACUUGGCAUUGUCAUACACGUGCAAUGUACUUCGCACCGGUGUAACUCACCGAAUUUUACCGCGCACAUAAGACGAAAAGAGCAAAGCGUCCUAACGUGGCACUGUCAUACACGUACAAUGCACUUGGCACAUGUGCAACACACCGAAUUUUAACGCGCGCUUGAAACGAGAAGAGAAAAACGUCCAACGUGGCAUUGUCAUACACGUACAAUGCACAAUUUAAUCGCGCGCUUAAAAUGAGAAGAGCAAAACGUCUUAACGUGGCAUUGUCAUACACGUACAAUGCAUUUGGCACCGGUACAACUCACCGAAUUUUACCACGCGUUAAAAACGAUAAGAGCAAGAACGACAUAACGAGCGAAAACGUUCUAACGCAUUAAGCAAACGGGGAGAGAAAGAGAAAAAAACGCAUCCGAUCGCGCCUCGCUUGCCUGAUGUUCUCUUUUCCCAAGCAACUGAACGGAGGAGGAAAUCUCCAUUGUUGCUCUCUUGCUGUUCCUUCUUUGCACUCCUAUAUCUAACACCUCAAAACCGAAAUUUAAAAAACUAUCAACAAAACACACGUUCACCUGGGAACAGGGUUCCCUUCCUCUCCUUGAAAUUAUUUCUUUCGUUUUUAAUUUAUACUCAAAAAAAAAACAGGGAGUACGAUAACGUACUGCGAGACAUCGCUUAGAUCCUUCUUGGUACUAUUUGUUUUUCCGGGUCGGUGCCAAGUUUCCAGUGUGCUUCUUCGACUACCUUUCGGGACCCAAGUCGAUCGUCUUGGCGAUGAUGAAGCUGGGUCCAGUCCUCGAAGUCCUUUCUUGGAGGCUCAGGACAGCGCAAAUAACAAUUUGGCUUUCAACUAAAAAAUGUCGUCAUCAAUGAAUGUUGGUGUCUAAACGAGCCGCUAGUGUCAGCCAGCAUAAAAUGUGCUACUGGGUACCGGUGCGUUGCUGAUUGGCUGCUGUCGUGUGGUUUCACCUGGGUUCGGUUGAUACGGUGGUAACUUACAUUUUAUGAAUUCUGAGUUAUGUAAUUACACUUUUGGAACGUUCUUCACGAAUAGAGUCAACAGAAAGCGUAUACUAAACAUCUGGACGACUUUUUUUUUUAGUUGGUAGCUACAGGUGGUAAAUCCCGGUUUACGGAUUGUAUCCCAAGGAACGGCGAACCUCCGGGUACCCACCCCCCAUUUAAACUCUAGUUCCAUGGAUGCAAAUGAUGACUCAUGAUACUAUGUACCCAUACAAUAUAAAGUCCAUUUGGGGCCACUGGCCGUCAUUCCCGUGAUGGGAGACCAUACUGACUCGUGAGACUCGUGACUUGAUACUCUCUUUCACUCAGCCCUCUUGACCCGAUUCGAGACGAGACUAUACCUCGCCUUUCCUCUUGUCUUGAAAGCCCUCUUUCGGCUGGGAAGGAUGGCAAUGCAGUGCAGCUGAACUUGUCCAGCCUAGUCCAGCCUUCACCACCUUCUGGAUACUGGGUUCGCCGUAGAGUCGCGCGAGCUCGUGGUUCAUCCUUCGCCUCCACACUCCGUCUUCUGCACGCCGUCUAAGGUGGGCCUUAGCGUCAAAGAUGGCUUGAACCCUCUCCGGAUACUGGCAUGUCCGAGGGAGACCCAUGUACGCUCGUAGGUCGGACUCCCCUUGGUAUCUAACUAGAGCCUCUCGUGAGACCCAUGCAAGAUUCCGGUAUUUGUUAGCGGCAAUCCCCUCUAACGAAUGGACAAACCCAUAAUAAGGGUUUCUGUCUAUGAGACGGAAUGCGUUCAUUGCAAUGCGGGCUUCUCCGGGGAACAAGCCCAUUACUCUUCCCCAAGGGAAGUUUGGAACCAAAUCGAGAGCCCUCUUAAUUAGUGUAAUACACGUUAAACCAGCUAGGGCCGCCUGCCUGACGAUGAUCCUGAGUCUCAUAUUCUCUUCAGGGAUAAUCUGUUCGAUGGUUCUGAAGCGCUCUGCCACAUUCUCGUCCGUGAAUGUAAUCGGGAAUCUGUCAUGGUAUCUUCGAAUUAGGUCAACAGAGAGGGAUAUCUGUCGACCCAGGUCGGUGCAGACUCCUUCCAUGAUCCUCUCUAGGCAUUGUGUUGUUACUAUGCCCUUUUUGGCGACCGCUGUGACCGCGCAAGCAUACGCGGCUACCGGGGUCACAUACGGACGUGAGUCAGGAUCAGCCCUAAUCCUUACCAUAACUUCGUUGAAAACUGCUUCAGCAUUAGCCGGGUCUAUGAGGGCAACGUCAGCGGCUUCGGAACCUCUUGCAUUAUCUGGUCUCAGUGGAGUACCUUGUGUAAGGUCACAGCAUGCAAUCAUGUCCGGGUUCCUCAACACGGCAACGCAAGCAGCGUGCAAAAUCCCAUCCGCAGUAUCAGGGUCUGCCAUCCUCUCAUUCUGAUAAAGUCCAGUCAUCUCCGCUACCAUCAAAACUUGGAGGGCGACCCUACUAUUUUCCAUAAUAGCCAGCAUUCUGGACUGGCAUAUUACAUUGAUCAACAUAGGCAUCCAAAGCAUCCGGUCAUCUCCAGCGAGUCUAGUGACCAGACGAGAGGUCUUGAAAAUCAGUUGUCGAUACACGGUUGGGCCUGAUAGGAAGUGACUUCUAAGAUCAUCCAUCCAGUAAAUGGAUGAAUUCGCUUGCAGUUCAUUUUUCGCUGCCACUGCAUCAUAUGCCCGUCGUACGCCGCUGGCCCUAUUUGCCUCCAGUGACGCGGGAAGCUGCCCAGGCAAUGGCGCGACUUCUUGGUUUCCCUGAGAGGCAUGGCCUCGACCCGGGGGAGUCGAAGACGAAGUAGAGGCACGCGGAACUGGAUCUGACAUAGUUGGUAAAAGUACUUCCCUACAAUCUGUCGUAGACGCUAACUCAAGACUGCUUGAGCCGGUGGAAUAGUCCUUUUGGAGGCGAGGGUUUGUAGGAGGUGUUGACGAUUUGGUUUUUGUGCUUAGGGUUUCUUCGGUUGCCGAUCUGACUGGCUGAGCAGUCAAGACUAACCUCUGUUCUAGGGCCUCUGAGACAGUUUGUUCUUCUGAGAUUUCCUCCUGCGGACUAGCUUGCGCUAGACCGGUAGGUUUUAGACUGCUCUUGUCAGCCGAAGGUUUUCUAUUUUUCCUUCCUAUUUUGCCUGAGCUUCUGCAGAUACUAACGUAAUCUGAAUACGCGAAGUACCGGAUACUGCGGAUAAUAUAACCCGGAAAUAUGAGCUUACACGCCAAUAUUCCCUCUUGGCUUAAUUGCUCUUUAGUCAACAGUAAUUUCUCCUGGGGGAACUCAAACACAGUGUCUCCGAUGUGAAAUCUGACGUCCUGUAAACUCGGCUUGGAUUUAAACGCUCUUGAUACGGUCGGUUUGUCUCGGAUAUAAUCAAAUUCCUCUUUCACUAACAUUUGCGCCUUCUGGCCUUCUGGAACACAGUUGCAGCAGAGCUUCAUCUCUCUGAGCUUUCUUCGCCGCUUCUGAACAUUCAUUCCUACGAAUAUUGGGCAUUUGUCGUUUUUAUGCUGGCCGUUACAGAAGUCGCAUGCAUCUUCCGAUGCUGCUAUUGCUGCAUGCGAUGAUUUCGAGGCUCCUCCUUUGAACGAUGCAAACUUUGAAGUCUUGGACGUUCCAACUGUUGUGGCGGUCUCGCAGCGCUCCAAUAUCACAACUCGCUGUCUCAGGAACUCGAUCAUGUCAUCAUAUUGUGGUAGCUCCGUUUGAUCAAAUGAGGCUUCCCACAACUCACGGGUUUGAUCAUCCAGUGCACGUGUCAGCAAUGUCACCACGAACAUUUGUGACAUACCAGUCAGAGGUUGGUCUAGCUUGACUAGGUUGUCAAUGUGUCGAGUACACUCGUCCACCAGAUUCCGCAGCUCUUUGGAACUUUUCCUUUGAACCUUCGUCAUGUUCAGGAGUCCCAGAAUGUGACUUUCCAAUAUGAGACGCUUGUUUCCAAAUCGUUGCUCCAAUAUCUCCCACGCUCGUUCGUAAUGGUUGUUUUGUAGCGUCUCAAUGUCUAUUACCCCUGCAGCUUCACCCUUGAGCGAAUUUUCCAGAUGGUAUAGCUUAACCGCAUCUGAAUCAUUAGUUCGCUCUAUAAGGUCCUUAAACAUGGCCUUGAAGCGUGGCCAUGCUUCAUAGCGACCAUCGAAUGUGGGUAACGGCGCACGGUAGGCUUGUGUGUUAACUAUCACUUGACCUGGCAUUGGUGCGGCAACGGCGUGGGCUGGGGCUCGCUGAUUGUCCCUUUGCAGCACAUCCAUCAGGAUCUCGAUCUUUAUUGAGGCCUCGUUGUAGGCUUCUUCAAACUCAAUAAAUUUCUCCUCCUGUGCUUCGGCAUCUUCGGGUACGGCUUCAAUAAUGGAAUUAUGAAUCUCGUUGUAUUCAUUAUACAUGGCUUGAAGGUUUCUGGCAUGAACCCUCAGAGCUGGCAAGGAAAGUGUUCCUUCAUCCGAUUCCAGAAUAUUCAGUAAUCGGGUCACCUUUGCCUUGACCCGGCCACGUCGGAUGUUGAGCUUCGAAAUUUCUUCAGGCCUUUCCAUUUUCUGGUUGGGAGUGCGAGGUAGCAUCUCCGUAACCGCAGACUCCUUUCCAAUCACUCACGAAUGUGUCCUAUAUUCGCCGCAGUAGAACACGCAAGAAUUCGCCGGCGCACGAUAUCACACGUCUACUAAUCGGCGACCGCGACGAAAACCGUAACUAAACUUUCGCACCGCGACGUGGUUCUCUCCAACGACGGCGGGUAAAUCGCGAAUGUCACGUUGUUCGAGCCACGUGACACGCUCGGUUCGCGUUGUCAGCCACGCGAAACGCUUCUUCACCAGUUCCGAUCCGGCUCGAAGGACCAAAUGUUUCGAAGCGGAUGUUUUUUAACGUGUGAAAAUUUAUUGUUUUUAAUACAUUUGCCUUAAAGACCAUUACGGAUGGUGCGUAGGGACUUGGUGUUCACGGCAUUUUUGGAGGAUUUGCCGUAAUGUGAAGAUCUGGUCCGUCGUAGACCGUCUCUCCUUCAAGCCUGCCUGAAGACUUCUCACGAAACUUUUUGCUUGUGGCGUUAGGCGGUGGAGUAUGAUUCAGCACUUUGUAGGCGGCAUUGAGGACAGUGAUCGUUCGGUAGUUCUCACAGUCCAAUUUGUCGCCCUUCUUGUAGAUGGGGCAUAUGACCCCUUCCUUCCACUCCUCCGGUAGCUUUUCUGUGUCCCAGAUCCGGACCAUCAACCGGUGUAGGCAAUCGGCCAAUUUGUCCGGUUGCCAUAGAUCGAGUUAAUUGGAGCAAUACUGUUCAUCUGGUUAUGUCGUGAGUCGGACAUCCAUGUAAAUAUAGUAACUGAAAUUUUACUGGUAAGGAGGAACUUCGGUUCUCAUAAAUCUUAAAGGAAACAGGGUGUUAUUUAAGUUUUUGGGAAACUCGAUCGAAUCCAGUUUGAUUUUUAAAAUUUCUUUCUUCUACAGCUGCGUCACAGGCCACUUUUAGCGUUCUGGGUUGUACGGCUCUGGAAUUUCCGCCAAUUGGCUCGAGAAUGCCAGCUAAGAAAACUUGAAGGGCGUUAGCGGUAGCCCUUGAAACGUCGAAAUCGAAGUACUCGGCGAAGCGGUUGAAAGUUCUCAAAAUUCCAAUAAGAGCGCUGUUGGCUCCGUAGUUAUUCAGCCGGAUGGGAACAUAGAGCUGUAGAUUUUGGUUCCUUAAUCCUCGGGGUCGCACACUGAGAGGAAUAGCCUCCAGCAGCAUGGGAGAGUCAAUCCUCGACGCAAAGAGAUCCGCUACGACUAGAGCACGUGCAGCGUUACGACAAAUUUGAAGCGUGUCUAAAUCAAUUAGGCGGAAACGGUUUUCGUAACUGGGUAAACGAAACGGAUCUAACCAGUUCAAGUGUCGCAGGGCAUACCGUAUGAAACGCCGCUGGAUAGCCUCUAUUCGUUCAGCUCCGUUCUGGUAAAAUGGGCACCAAACUAAAGAUGUAUAUUCAAGCGUUGAGCGAACUAUGCUGCAAUACAGACUUUUUAGGCAGUACACAUCUUUAAACUCCUUUGUUACGCGAAAUAAGAAGCCAAGACUUCUAGACGCUUUAUCGUCGCCUUGUAAUUCGUAUGAGUCUUAAACUCCAGCCGAUGGUCUAGGAUAACGCCCAAAUCGUUGAUGUGGUCCACCCGGGCGAUGGUUUCGUUCCCAAGAAUGUACUCUGCGUGAAGAGGGUUCGUUAAAAUCGUUAAAAUAGAUGACAAAAAUUAUCAUUCCCAAGUGGCUUCCCUGGGGCACACCUGAACAAGCAGAAAAUUGUCUUAAAAAGUAAUUUCCAGUUUGCACUGAUAACUUUCGUCCCGUUAAAUAGCUUCGAAACCAGUCCAGUAGGGAUCCACAGAAUCCUAAGCGUUUAAGUUUAGCAAUAGCAAUAUCGUGGUUUACUUUAUCGAAAGCAGCCGACAGAUCAGUAUAGAUGGCGUCAGUUUGUGACUUCAUGGUGAAGCUAUCUUGCACGAACGAUGUAAAGUAUUGUUUUGAGGACGAGAAAAUCGGAUCCUUUAGCAACAUCUUUCUGUGAAUAACAAUUAAAUGAAAGCUAACUAUUUUAAUUUUUUCCUUUCCGGUUUAUUGAGGACCAGUAUGAUAAGAAAUAAUAUCAUGGUUAACAUAAUUAAAAAAAUUAUGUUCUGAAGAAUGAUCGUACUUUUGAUUAAAUGCCUCCCAUCAGGUUCUGCACAGUAGCUUUUGUGCAUUUCUUGGAUGCCGCCUUGCAAUUUUUCUCAAAUUCUUCCAUGCUUUGAGAAACUGUCUCUUCCGGCUUGUUCAAAUAUUUUGUUUUGUUUUGUAUUUCGUUUGCUUCCCUGUCUUCGGGAGUGAGGUGAAUUUCGAAGAGCUCCUGACCGUCUGGAAUUUCUUCGGUGUUCAAAUUUUGUUUUUUGUUACUUCUAAGUGUAUAUGUGUAAUUCAUGAAACUAUUGUUUUUACUAUUCUCUCUUUUUCAAUUUUCUGUUACAGAGUAUGAUUUGUUAACUGACUCAUACACUCAGGCCAAAUCUUAUUAUAAUUUUCAUAAGAUACGUCUUAUGAACCCCUUUUUUGCGUCCAAACUAAGUUUUCAUAAGAGUCUUAUGAAAUUCUUUCAAUUUUCAUACGAAGUUCUUAUGGAAAAUAGAAGAAACGGCAUUGUGGAAAAAUUAUGAACACAUUCAUUCCAUCAGUAAUUUUUCAGUCGUCAAACGAAGUAGUGGAGUAAUUAGUUUUAUUCUUUUAAAUGGUAAGUUUGAAUUGAAGUUUAUUUUUGUAAUCGUUAAACAUAUUUUUAAAGGUAAACUCUAUGUUUUUUGUUUACUUUUCAGCACGUUGACCGGGAAAAAAAUCGAAGGUCAAAACACCGUAUGCGGCCGAACAAAUUCUUUGGAACCGGGUAUGGAUGUGUUGCUGAUGGUGACCAUAAUGAAUGUAAUUCCGAGCCAAUUAGCCGAACAAUAAAAUAAAUUUUUAACAUCAAUUGUUUUGAAUUAUUUUCAUCGAACGUGACAUUUCCUGUUUUUAUAAGACCCUCUUAUGAAAAGUCCCAACCUCUCAUUGAAGCAGGUGUUCAUCUGCAGAGUUCAUUCGCGUCAUAAGAUAAUCUUAUGAAUUUCAUUGAUUUUUCUUAUGGCGCCACUUCAUAAGAGAAUCUUAUGGCAUGUAUAAUAGUAUUUUUCUGAGUGUAUAUUAUCGGUAGCCCGUUGGAAACCAGUCGGAGCGUUUUUUGAACCGAACGGUAUUCUUGUAGAUUCUUAUUUUAUGAUUCUUUUUCUAUGGUUGUGAUGAAGAUGGUUUAUUAUUUUAUUCAAAAUUUUGUUCGUUAUCAACAUGGGUCUCUGUUAGAAAGUGGAUGGGCGAUAAUCAUUAUGAUCUAAAUGAUCAUUAGGCUGUUCUCGCAGAGCCAUCGAAUGGCUUAGCUACUUACAAAGCCAAACCCAAAUCUAACGUUUGUGGUUUCGUCGAAAGAUUCAGUUUCGAAAUCUGUGCCAGAUACGCACUGGUCACUGCUGCUAGCUUUGCCGCUAACUCACUUAUCUUCUGUCAGAACUCCGAUACGGUCUUUCUAUUAUAUUGCUAGCCAUUUCAGCAUGGCUUGUGGCUAAAUUUAACUGGCCAUCGUCCCCAAAGGACUCGUGAUGGGCAGUAUUAAGGCAUGUAGACGAGAAGAAAGUAAACCUCAUGCUUGAUAAUAGUAAUCAUAUUUUUUCUAUUCGCUCUUAUUUUAUUAUUAAAGUACUACUACUUUAAAUGUAGAUAUUAACCAACCAAUGUCGUCGAUAAAAUAAUGAGCGAAACGCGAUCAUUACACUUGGAGUGCAGUUCACGGCUAUCUUCAGCUUUUUGGAUUUCGAUUCCGUGCCUCCCAUCAUUUUGGGAAAACUUGAGUUUCACUGAAUAAUCUUGUGCCUAUCUUUUGACGGUCGCCAUGUUGCCACUCUUUUAUCUGUCGUUAUCCCAGGUUUCUGUCGUCACUUACUUUGUCCUUGGUUCCUAUACCAUGGACCGCAACGAAUCUGUUUGUUCCUUGGGGUGCACCCUUGUUUGGACAAAACAUUGAAAACAACGUCGUUUUUUUCAAUCCGGUUUCAUCAUCGAACACUUUAACAUUCAUAGUUAUCCAUCAAGUUUUUCCCCAAUGUAAGCUUCCGUGAAAUUUCUACUCAAACGAGGGAGUUGUACCUUAUCAAUAAUUUUUCCAUAAUAUACUAAGACUAUGUAUUCAAUGAACCUAAAAAUUCGAGAAAGAAUAUUAUAAUUCAGGAUGAAAUGUCAUUACCAAUUGUAAUUUUUAUCAACACAUGGAAACAUAAAACUACUUUUCCAUGUUCUUAUUUGGAAAUCACUUAUAUAAGUUUGAAUAAAUGUUUAAUGACACCAGGA